GGACACAGUCUGACACACUAUAAAGUGGGUUGAUUCAUGUUUGUUUUUCUCAGAGGAUUUAAAAGUCUUCUGAUCAUGAGAUAUUAUUUGAUUCUUUUAAUCUCCUCAACAAUAGUCUGCUCCUAUGAUAUGAAUGUUGUUCAGGAGGAUCGUUUAAAAAUAGUUAGACCUGGAGACGAUGUAAACCUUACUUGCACAUUUUCAAGCAGUUUGCAAACGACAACAGCAUGGAUUAAACAGGAUGCAGGAGGAAAAUCUCAACAUAUUGUAACUUUUUAUUUAACGCAACAAAGCAGCUCGAAUGAAGAUUUGAAAACAAAUCGUUUUAUUGUUGCCAAAGGAGAUGACAGUUUUAAUCUGACAAUUCUUAAGACAAAGACUUCCGACUCUGCAACUUAUUUCUGUGUAGUUUCAUCACAUUACAACAUUGGAAUGGGUGCGGGCACCAGUUUACUUGUCAAAGAUGCAGCUAUAGGCACACACACAAUUCUUCAGCAGUCUUUGAUAGACACGGAUCCAUCAGGGGAUUCUGUGACUUUGCAGUGCAGUAUCUUAACUGAGAGUUGUGCAGGAGGAUACAGUGUCUUCUGGUUCAAGCAAAGUUUGGGAGACUCACAUCGAGGAGUCCUUUACACCAAUGGAGAGAGAAAUGGUCAGUGUAAGAACAAUGAGAUUCAAUCUAAAGCACAGAGUUGUGUCUAUAAUCUCCUGAAGAGGAACCUCAGCCAUUCUGAUGCAGGGAUUUACUACUGUGCUGUGGCCACAUGCGGGGAGAUACUGUUUGGAAAUGGAACUGAACUGAAUUUUGGGAAGAGUGGUGAAAUGAUUCCAACUAUUCUUGCUCUUGGAACUUCAAAUGUCUUGUUUUUGAUUCUUGCUGUUUUUCUUGGAGUAAAACUAUUUAGGUGUUCAAAUAAAGAUCCCAAGACUCGAGAGAUUGAAACUGAAGACACCGUGAAUUAUGCAGGCCUUAGCUUUACCCAGAAGCCUCUCAACUCUCAAAGGGCCAGAGCAAACAUCACUCAAGAGCAGUCUCUGUACACACAGGUCCGAUCAUAUCAGUAACAAAUUCAGAGGAUUAUAGGAAAAUGUAAAUCUAUGUUAAUAGUCUGAAAAUGCUUUUUUUAC